AAGAAAGUAUUAUCCGCAGAGUCCCUCGGCUCCUUUUCAACACACCACCAGAGAGCGGUGACCAGGGGACAAUGGCCGCGCUGCCUCUAGUGUGGGCGCUGCUGACAGUGUCGCUGACAUCAGGUUGGAGCCAGAUCCUUCAGCAAGAAACCGUCAAGAUUCAUUAUCCCAAGAUCCUCACUACGGAGGACAUUGAAUGUGACUGCGUUAACAAGUGUGACAAUGUGUACUGGUUCCGCAGUAUCCACAACCGCCAAAAGCUAGAGUUCCUCGGCAAGUGCAACAACGCUGGCCGUGUUGUCCAUGGCGCUGCAGUGGACAAGGCCCGCUUCAAACUGAGCAGGAAGAGCAGUGCGUCCUUUGUGCUGAGCAUCGUCAACGUGACUGAAGAGGACACGGGGAUUUAUUCUUGUGUCCUGAAGGAGGGGAACGACGAAACGUGGAAGUCCGGGAUUCUUCUUCGACCGGGAGUGACCCCUCCAACAUCACCUCCUCAGACGAAAUCCAAACCCGCAGUCGUGCCGCUGUGCCGCUGCCCCGCGAAGGAUUCUUCACAGGAUGACUGCGCCCCCCUGGUUCUGUGGCCCCUGGUCGGGCUGCUCGCGGCAUUGGCUCUCGCCCUCAUCGGCUCGCUGUACUACUUUAGCCGGCUACCCAAAAAAUGUCGCCACCACUUUGUGAAGAAGAGGUAGGAUCCUACCGUUCCAUAUCCACGGCGUAUAUCUGACUGAAGGUUAAAGCAACAUCCAGUUGAGCUUCGAGGAGAUGAAGACCCCCAAAGAAGACCUCCGCUAUCGACAUGUCCUGUUCAUUAACAGCCAGUCAGAAAAUACUUUUAUGGUUCUUAAGAGCGGUAACCAUGUGUAACCUAUUGUAAUAUAUUGGCUGCUUUUUGUUAGAUGACAUCUCCAGAGCUCCACCAUGUUCAGCUAUUAACUCUGUGUUGAUUUAUGCCAUAUUUAGCUGACAUCAUUUAUCUAGAUGCUUUUUCAAAUAAGCCGGUUUUGAAUCUUAAGCAUUGGUUUUGCAAUAAUAAUUAUUUCUGAACAAAACGUUGCGUUACUAUUUCACAAAGCCCAAAGCGAACCCUGUUUAUUCACAUAUAAGAAUCCCGUAACAGGCAUAACUCCCUUCUUUUUAAUUGGCCGUACCAGCUUUUGUAUUAUCAGCUGUAAACCCAUCCAUGUGGAGAAUGUAUGCAUGCACAUGUAUUCGUGCCGAAAGGUGUAGUCACCAACAAAUUAAUAAUAACUUGCUCAAGUGCACUUAUGCAUCAGCACGAUUGACACAGGUAUAACCUCGAGGCCGUGUGUAUCUCCGUUGGUAAUUGUGCACAGAUGAAUAGGAAAUCCAAUUUUUGUAAUAGCGUUAUAUUUGUUACACAAACUGUAUGUGUAUGGAAAAGAAGAGAAGAGGGUGUGGGUGUGUAUCCAUUGUUAAUAUUCGGUCUGGCGGAAGUUGCAUUCUUCCUUCAUACCUUUGAUGUGUACACGUUUAGUUUCUCUUGAAUUGCCUCCAGUUUGUGCCAUUGAGUUGAUUGUGAUACUAUUAAAUUACAGGAUACAAAGUUGUUUUUAUAGCAAAGGGUGUACAACUUGCUAUCCGUCUCUCUCACGAAUACACACACAGACACACACACACGCGCGCGCGUAAACAAGCAACGCACAUGCCCACCUGUGCGAUUCAAGGGCGUGAAGAAAUGAGUGAGUCGGUGGUGGUUCGGGCCUCAGGGAGCUCGUGCAACCUUUUCCUGUGAGCUGGGGAGAGAGAGGAGAAACGGAGCCGCGUUCACUGAGCUGUUAUCGCUCUGCUCCGCUUUGAGCUCUUCAUCUAGUCUCUGAAACAAAAAGACCACAAAAAGACCACAGACCGAACCACAAGCUCUGACGGAGACAGAGAGAAAGGCAGGAGGAGCGUUGGAGCUUUGAAGAGAGUUCAGCAAGAAAAGAUAAAGUAAAAAAAACACAAGAAAACUCUUUUGGCGCUGUGUUUAAUUGCAUAUAAACAAUAUCCAAACCAUCUGUGAGUUUUACUUGUUUAGUUUAUACGCUCUUUACUUUCUC